AUGGCUGUUGAUUCCUUGACGAGUACUCCGGCUAAUCACCUUUACAACGUGCGGUUCCCACAAAAACACGAAACAAAUGUCCAACAAGACGAUGAGUGGUGCGAGCUCUUGACCAAAGAUCAUGUUCAGCACAUUCGCUUUCAUGAUUACGCCUUCAUCUUCAACAACCGCGGACUUUACGAGCAGUUAUUUGUCGAUCGGUUGAAAUGCAGCUCUCACCGCGUCGUAACGGAUCUUUUGGGAAAGGAAACACAUCGAUUACAGGGAGCGCCUCUGCACGCAAUGGAUCUAGGGGCUGGCAACGGUCUAGUCGGCGCACAGCUUCACCAGCUCGGGGCUUCGCGACUCAUUGGCUGCGACAUUUUGCCAGAAGCCAAACAAGCUGCCUUGAGAGACCAGCCGGGUAUCUAUGAUGACUACCUCAUUUGCGACUUGACCAAUCUUUCCGACGAGCAUUCCACCUUGCUACACAAGGCCGAUAUCAAUGUCUUGACCAUUGUCGGAGCACUGGGGUUCGGGGAUAUCCCCAAGGAAGCAUUCUUGGCUGCCAUUGGGUUUGUAAAGAAUGGAGGUUUGAUUGCAUUCAAUUUGAAGGACCAAUUUUACGGAUCCGAAGAUCAAAGCGGAUUUUCAGAAACUAUAAAAGAGUCUGUCGUGAAUGGACGAUUGGCCAUUCUCUCAGAGCAGAAAUACUGCCAUAGGCUAUCCGUCACUGGUCAAGAACUGUAUUAUUAUGCAUUUGUUGCCGUGAAGCGCUCAUGA